GUCUCUUCUCUUGGUUCUUACAGGAGAGCAAGACACUUCGAAGGAGAAGGAAGCUGGAAAAAGCAACAAAACACCUAGCUAAGCAAGAAGAACUGAAAAGGCUUUAUAAAGCUCAGGCCAUCCAGAGGCAGCUGGAGAAGCUGGAGGAGCGGCAGAGGGCUUCUGAGGUCCAGGGCGUGAGGCUGGAGAAAGCGCUGAGAGGAGAAGCAGAUUCAGGCACACAGGGCGAAGCACAGCUUCUGCAGGAGUGGUUUAAGCUGGUCCUGGAGAAGAAUAAAUUAAUGUACUACGAGUCAGAGCUGCUGAUCAUGGCCCAAGAAUUAGAGUUGGAAGACCAUCAAAGCAGACUGCAGCAGAAACUGAGAGAGAAAAUGCUCAAGGAAGAGAGCCAGAAAGACGAAUAUGAUCGAAACGAGGAGCAAGAACUAUUCAACGAGAUGAUGCAAGUCAUCGAGCAGAGGGACAAACUUGUGGAUUCCUUAGAGGAACAACGCGUCAAGGAGAAGGCUGAGGACCAGCACUUUGAAAGCUUCCUUUUCUCCAGGGGCUGCAUGCUCAGUAGGACGUGAGCUGACCCAGAGGUCCUCUUCCUCACAGCCCGUGAGGAUGGGUCCAAGUCAAGUGCAUCUGACUGACUUUGUUCCUUUUGCAGGAUUUGUCAUCUCUGGACCUGAGAUUAUACCUCUGGCAAUAUAUAUAUAU